AUGCUAAUGGCGUUAUUUGUCGGCUAUUAUAGCCUCGAUCUCGGCGCGAGUUGCAUUGCAGAGUACUCGAGCUCUGGAAACUCUUCGGGCUCGACUGCGUGUCUUUGUCACGGGCUUCCCGAGUUGGAUUAUUCUUCUUGCACGAGUUGUCUGCAAACACACUCUGCCACGGUCGCCCAGGGUCUUGGGCAACUGUCUACAUUCUGCACCGACUUUAUCAAGCAAUGCAAGUACGAGUGUGAUUUUCCUACGUGCAAUAGUUCGGACGUUGCGUGUCAGUGCAAGGAGACGUACCUUCAGGACAUCUACAACUGCGCGUCAUGUAAUUCUGCAAAUGGGAAUACGGGUGCGACCGUCUUGGCUGACUAUACUGCCCUCCGAGACUCGUGCUUCCAUCAAGGAUACUCUGCAACUCCCACAGGCAUCGACGCAGUACCUACACCUUCCGUAACGAUUGUCUACACUGGCCAACGACCCACGACGACGAGUAAUGGCGUCAGCACGGGGUCCACCAUCCUCAUCAGCCUCUCGACGUCCAAUCCCACUGGCUCCGGAUCCAGCACACAGACACGGUCGAGUAGUCCGUCCAGUGCCAAUUCCGUGUCCGCUACAGAUCUCAAUGGCGGAACGGUGAGCAUGCAUCGGCGAUUGGUGGGGGAUGUCGGCCUUGGGCAGAUUUUCAUUGCCCUUUGCUUGACGGUGUUGGGUCGGCAGGCGCUCUGA